CAUAAAUGACGUCACGAAGAUAACAUUGAAGCAAAACAGUUUCAAAACCGAAACAGCGGAUAACUUGAGAAACAACUCGUCAAUAACCGUUGAGACGACUGUACACUGAUAGAUUAUACUGCAGCUGCACACCGGAACACCGGGCACAGCGGACGACCUCCGGUUUCCGCUGUCCUGCUCAUAUUUGAGGACCGAAGGAAGCUAAUAGCCGGGGCUUGCUAACGUGUAGCUAACGUUAAGUAGCGGUAUAGGUCGCUUGGAAGCUAAGUUAGCUAGCGAGUUAGCAUCAGAAACAACGACAUCUGUUAGCAUGGAGAAUAAAUACAACCUCAAGAGUCCAGCGGUGAAGAGGCUGAUGAAAGAGGCUGCUGAGCUGAGGGAUCCCACGGAGCACUACCACGCCCAGCCGCUGGAAGAUAACCUCUUUGAGUGGCACUUCUCUGUUCGCGGGCCCCCAGACUCUGAUUUCGACGGCGGGGUUUACCACGGCAGGAUCGUGCUUCCCCCAGAGUACCCCAUGAAGCCCCCCAGCAUCAUCCUCCUCACGCCGAAUGGAAGAUUCGAAGUUGGCAAGAAGAUUUGUCUGAGCAUCUCUGGCCACCAUCCGGAGACCUGGCAGCCCUCUUGGAGCAUCCGAACCGCCCUGAUAGCCAUCAUCGGAUUCAUGCCAACAAAAGGAGAGGGAGCCAUAGGAUCUCUUGAUUAUACUCCAGAAGAGAGGAGGGCCCUGGCCAAAAAGUCCCAGGACUUCUGCUGCGAGGCGUGCGGCUGCUCCAUGCACUCUGCCCUCAUGGAUCUGACCCCCAACAGCAACCCCAGCGCAGAGGACCACAAGGCCAAAGAGCUGGCCCAGCAGAUCAACUUCAAGGAAGAGUCCAGUUUAUUCAGACAGGCCAGCGAGAGCGGAGGUGCAGAAAGCGAACCUCCCACACUCACCGAGGGAGACGCCUCCACGUCUGCAGGCCAGGACGAGUCUGAAGGGCCUGAGCAGGCGGAAACGUCUCCUUCCACGGGAGCAGAGGAGCCCCCCCGGGCCCCCGCCGGCACCGGUCGCCCUCUGAGCCCACGGCAGCGCCGCGCCCAGCAGCACAGCCAGCAGGGCCGGCAGAGCCGGCCGGUCUUCGCCGCGGCUCCUCGCCAGCCUCGGGACGAGGGCCACGCGGGCUCCGUGGUCCUCAUCGUGCUGCUCACUCUGGCCCUGGCAGCGCUCAUCUUCCGCAGGGUCUACCUGGCCAACGAGUACAAGUUCGACUACGAGCUGUGACCGCUCACCUGGCCGGCCCUCCACCCUACUCCUCACCCUCUAGUAACCCCCCCUCCCCCCACACACACACACACACACACCCUGCUACCACCCGAACAGAACUAUGGCCAGCCGAUGUGGAGCCAGAGCCGAGGCGGUGGCCUACGCUGACUUUGUGCCCUCUCUGCUCAUCGGCAGAAGGAAACUUUUAUUCCUGCGGAGGAGCCGCUCCACCCACCACAACACCUGCAGGGUGUCUUUUAAUCUUUGUCAGUUUUACUCUCCAGAGUGUCAUGCUUUUGUUUUUAAACAGGGAAGCUGUUUGUGAUCAGUUCAGCAGCCACACACACACACACCACAUGUACCCUUCCAUGUAAUUGUUCCAUCCUAGUGCUGCUGCUUGCUCCCAUUAUUUAAUUAAAAGUGUAAUAUAAUAUGUCAACACGAUUAUAGGGGAUUUAAAUUAAAGUAAUGGCUUAUGGAAGCAUUUGCACGGACUUCUUCUUCUUUACACGCUUUAACUUCCUGUUUGGUCACAUCAGUCACACCACACAGGGCUCUAUUUUAACGGUGCAACUAGCUGUUUAGUUCAUAAGGCUGUGGUUGGUAUGAAUGUAAAGUCUGAAUCCUCCUGCAUCUCCAGGGAUAAUUAAUCAACAUUAAUUGCCAAGUGGGUCAUAAAUCUUCCUGCCCCUGUAUAAAUUGUUUUAUUAUUUAGUGGUAAAGAAAUAACAACAAA